GAGCGCUGACUGGCAGCCCUACAGGUCCGACCGGGUCCUGUUCUCAGGUCACAUGACCUUUCUGGAUAUCAAGGUGUGGUGAUGUGACGGAUGUCAGUCAGAUGAAGACAGACAGCAGCAGCAUCUGUCAGUGUCUGCUGAUGAAGGGACGACGUCUCUUUGACCUCAUCUGAACGGGACUUUAACAGCAGGAAGCCACGAUGACGGCAGUAGAUCUUUUCAACACUUUGGAGGAUUUAGGAGGAGUUGACUUUAUGAAAUUCAAAUGGUACCUGCAGCAAGAAGUCCUGGAAGGCUACCAAAGCAUCAAAGUGUCCAAGCUGGAGAACGCAGAAAGGCAGGACAUAGUGGAUGUGAUGGUGAACACCUAUCAGCUAGAUGGAGCUCUGACGGUGACCAAGAAGGUUUUAGAGAUGAUGAACAGGAAGGAUCUGGUCCAGAGUCUGCCAGACACCAGCUCAAGACCACGAGUUCUGGCUGCUGCCAGCAAUGUGCCUGAAGAACAUUUAGCUCAACUGACCACGUCAGGUCUGAAAAGACAUCAGCUGAUCAACCCUGUGGAGAACCUGGAAGGCAGGAUGUGUAGGAAGCACGAUAAACCUCUGGAGCUGUUCUGUAAGACCGACCAGACAUGUGUCUGCAUGCUCUGCACUGUUUUAGACCACAAGACACAUGAUGUUGUUCCUCUGAAAGAAGAACAUGAAGGAAAGAAGGCAGAGCUGUGGAAGACCGGGGCUGAAAUUCAGCAGAUGAUCCAGAAGAGACGACUGAAGAUUCAGGAGAUCAAACAGUCAGUAGACCUCAGUGAGGAAGCUGCAGACAGAGAGAUAGCAGAAGGUGUUCAGGUCUUCACUUCUCUGAAGGAGUCUGCUGAGAGAGGCCUGAAUGAGCUCAUCAACACCAUCAAAGAGAAGCAGAAAACAACAGAAAAACAGGCCGAAGCUUUCAUCACAGAGCUGGAACAGGAAAUCUCUGAGCUGAUGAAGAGAAGCACUGAGGUGGAGCAGAUGUUACGCUCUGAAGACCACCUCCAUCUUCUCCAGAGGGUCCAGUCCCUAAACAUCCAACAACCUCCACCCACCAAGAACUGGACAGAGGUCAGCGUCCGUCCAUCAUCAUAUGAGGGGACUGUGGUGAAAGCUGUGGUUCAGCUGGAGGAGACACUCAGUAAAGAGAUGAAGAAGCUGCGUGAAGCCGAGCUGAAGAGGGUCCAGCAGUAUGCAGUGGAUGUGACUCUUGAUCCUGAUACAGCACAUCCUGAACUCAUCCUGUCUGAUGAUGGGAAACAAGUGAAACAUGGUGAUGUGAGGAAGAAUCUCCCAGACAACCCAGAAAGAUUUUCUAAGUCUGUUAAUGUUUUAGGAAAACAGAGUUUCUCUUCAGGCAGAUUUUACUUUGAGGUUCAAGUUAAAGGAAAGACUGCAUGGGAUCUAGGAGUGGCCAGAGAGUCGAUCGACAGGAAGGGAGACAUCGCACUGAGUCCUCAGAAUGGUUACUGGACGAUAUGGUUGAGAAAUGGAAAUGAGUACGAAGCUCUUGCUGGCCCUCCAGUCCGUCUCUCUCUGAAGUCUCCUCCUCAGAAGGUGGGGGUGUUUGUGGACUAUGAGGAGGGUCUGGUCUCCUUUUAUGACGUAGAUGCUGCAGCUCUUAUCUACUCCUUUACUGGCUGCUCCUUCACUGAGAAACUCUUCCCAUUUUUUAGUCCCGAUGUUAAUGCUGGUGGUAAAAACUCUGCCCCUCUGAUCAUCUCUCCUGUCAGAGUAAACUAAUCACUGAUCUCAUUUCAGGUAUUGAUUCAUUUUCAAUCAAGGGAACAAAUGUACAUAUUCAUAUAUUUUACAUCUGAUUUUCUACAGAAUCUGUUUCCUGUGGUGACUGAUUUACACUUUAUUCCAUUUAUUAUCACAUGUUAAAUGUUAACCUUAAAUCUUUAUUGUUGAGAAUAAAGUUGAACUUUCAGUAUUAGUGCCAGACAUAAAACAAUAAAUCAGAGAUAGAAGUUGUUGUUUUUUGCAUUUUGAGAAUAAAGUCGAAAUGUUAAAAUAUUUUGAAUGAAAGUCUAAAUCCAAUUUCGAGAAUAGGGUCUAAAUAUCAGGAAUAAUGUUGAAAUAUGGAGAAUAAAGUCAACAACUCUCAUUUUGACUUCAUUUUCUAAAAGCUGAAACCAAUCUGAAGAUCUUCCUCCUCUGAUCUUCUCUCAUGUCUGGUACUAUGUGGAACGUUGCCAUAGUGACUGGUAUGAAAAUUCAGAUAUCUACAAUAAGAAUUAUGACUAGAAACAAAGCUAUUGCAGAUAUCCACAAAUGGAGAAACAAAAACAUGUUUUUUUUAUUUUAA